CACUCCUCUGACAUUGUCCAUCCCAACUCCACGCAAUGUCGUCAAAGAAGUCUCCACUAGUCGAUCUAACCCAUCCGUUGGAUGAAACCAUGUCAUGUUAUCCCGGUGAUCCUCCAUUCAAGAUUUGUUGCGUUCGGAACGUGCCAUCCGAUGGCUACACCGUCCACUCCCUCGAGCUGGGCUCCCACACUGGCACCCACGUCGAUGCACCCUUCCACUUCUUCGAGAACGGUGCCAGGCUGGACAAGAUCCCCAUCGAUGCCUUCGUCGGGCGCGCUGCCGUCAUCGAUCUUCGGUCCUUCGCGGCACCCUCAGCCAGGAUCAGCUGGUCGGAUGUCCAGGAAGCGCUCGCCUCCCAGCCUUCCCUCCUCGACAGAAUAGGUUCCAGAGACGAUGGGAAGUUGGAUAUCGUCUUAUUGAUGACGGGCUGGGACGCCCACUGGGGAUCACCGACUUACUAUCAACACCCCUAUCUCGCCAAGGACGUUGCAGAAGAGUUCUGUUCGCGCGGCGUCCGGCUUCUUGGAGUGGACACGCUCAGUCCUGACGAAACGACCGUCGAUGACGGCGCGGAGGAGAAGCCUGAUGCCUUCGUCGUUCAUCGGGUGAUCCUGGGACAGGGAAAACUCAUCUGCGAGAAUCUCACGAAUCUGAAAGGGUUAGCUGGUUCCCAACAAGAAGAAGGCGAUGGCGACAUCUGGGUGAGCUUGAUGCCCAUCAGCAUUCAUGAGUCGGACGGGGCGCCUGCUCGUGCAUACGGUUGGCGAGAAUGGACAUCUCAAUGACGGAGACUGCGGUCACGUUUCGCCUGAAUCGGAGGUUGCAAUGAUUAUGUUCAUUGAUAUUCCAUUCUCUGCACGGGAAAUUAUUGAGAGGAUCGAAAGCUUAUGAAUGCGGAAGCAUGCAGUCCUUGUCGAGAUACUUCAAACACUUAAGGCCGACGAAAACGGGGUUGUUUCACCACGCUAAUUCCCACAUGACCGAUAUGCUAUUUGGCUGACUCAACGAUACCUUCGCUGACGCAUCCUUCGUGCUUUACCCCCUAGAUGUCAUCAUACGACUCCAGGAUUGGCUGUUUUUCAGACAUUAUCGUCAGACUGGUGUACCGAAACCGGGUAUUACCUCUUUGGU